AUGAGAACUGUACAUGUGUCUAGUGCAACAGCUCCUAUUGCCAGUAGUUCGGCAUCUGCUACAGAUGCUAGUAUGUUGAUAAUAACGAGUAUCAAAUUCAAUAUCAUUGUGCUCUUCGUAACGUUGAAAAGAGAUUCUGGUGCUGAAGGUGCUGCCAAUGGUUCUCAAGCACCUAUACCAAUUAAUCUUUGCCGAGAUGUUUAUGGUAUUCUUGGUCUCGAUAUUGGUGAUAAUACUUGUAUAAGAGAUUAA